CUGACUGUUGAUGUGUCUGUGUGCAGUUCCAGGUGAACCAGGACAAGAUGAAUUUCUCGACCCUCAGGAGCAUCCAGGGUCUUCACGCUCCUCUCAAACUCCAGAUGGAGUACAUGGCAGCCAGACAGAUCCAGCGUCUGCCGUUCCUGCAGAGUUCAAACCUGGCUCUGGACACGCUGCGAGGCAGUGACGAGUCCAUCGGCUUUGAGGACGUCCUCAACGAUCCAGCCCAGAGUGAGGUAAUGGGCGAACCUCACAUGAUGGUGGAAUACAAA